GAUGUGUUAGCGUGUUCUGUCUUGGCACCGAAAUCAGAAGAUGUGGCGCACCUUCGACAGCACCACCCUGAGAGCCUUGCGCCAUAGUUCCUUCCUCUUCUCUUCUUCUUCUUCUUCUUCUUCAUUUUCUUCUUCUUUACUCACCAGCAUUUGUUGCUCCUCUUCGUUCACCACUCUCGCCACAAUCAUCACCCAUCCUCACUCUCACUCUUUUACCCCAACAUCCCGCGUUUCCUUCACCGACUCGCGCCACUUUGCCGUCCCCGCUCCGCGAUGCAUUUCGUCGCACCCCACCCUCGACUGGAACGACGCCGUUUCCUGCUCCGAGGUCGACGCGGAAAGCCGUGAUGACGGAACCGUCGACCAAGAUACCAAGCCUUGUAUUCCCGUCAGAGCCUUCUUCUUCUCUACUAGUGUUGAUUUAAAAAGCUUGGUGGAACAGAACAAACCAAACUUUGUGCCGCCAUCAUCACGGAUGACUAAUUAUAUUGUUCUUAAGUUUGGUGAUAUAUGUCAUUUGAAGGGUUCGGGUUCUUUCUUGAGUGGAAGCAAUGGCUGUUACAUGGUGGUUUUUCAGUAUGGUUCCAUUGUAUUGUUUAAUGUUGCUGAGCACGAGGUAGAUGACUAUUUGAAAAUUGUUAAGAAGCAUGCAUCUGGUCUGCUUCCAGAAAUGAGAAAGGAUGAGUAUGAAGUUAGAGAAAAACCAUCUUUAAGCACAUGGAUGCAAGGUGGGCUAGAUUACAUAAUGUUACAAUACUUGAACAUUGAUGGAAUUCGAACUAUUGGUAGUGUUCUAGGUCAAAGUAUUGCUCUUGAUUACUAUGGUCGGCAGGUUGAUGGAAUGGUUGCAGAAUUUACUGACAUAAACCGCGAGAUGGAAGCAACUGGAAAAUUUAAAAUGCAAAGGAAGAAACUUUUCCAGUUGGUGGGCAAGGCAAAUUCAAAUCUUGCUGAUGUCAUUCUAAAGCUUGGACUAUUUGAGAGAUCAGACAUUGCUUGGAAAGAUGCCAAAUAUGCUCAGAUAUGGGAAUAUCUCAGAGAUGAAUUUGAAUUAACUCAGAGAUUUGCAAGUCUUGAUUUCAAGUUGAAAUUUGUGGAGCAUAACAUACGUUUUCUGCAAGAAAUUCUUCAAAAUAGGAAAUCCGAUUUCCUGGAGUGGCUCAUAAUUGCACUGAUUGGUGCUGAAAUUCUUUUGUCUCUCUAUGACAUUGUUCAACGGUCUGGCAUGAAAUUUUAGCAUCACUUAUUUUGUGGUUAGCAUGCCUUUGAGGGCUGUAGGAUACUAGUUGUUGGUUUUACUUAUGCUAUAUAAAACAUUCUGUCUCUUGUAAAUAACAAUUUGAAACUCUGUAGUCAAUUGUAUAACUUCACGUGUGGAAUAAUAUCACUCACUCAUAAAUCUGCCCCUAUUUCUGUUGUAAUAUAAUUUUUUCUGUUGCAAUCAA